AAGAUAAUCGAGAGUACUGUCUGGAGCUCGAGUAGUUAACAAGAGUGUUUUUAUGCACGCAAGAUGACAAAGAUCAAAGUGACCCGCCUUCCACACAAUAAAAUGAAAACGAAACUUAAAGGAACAUUGCAAUAAAAACUUGAAUCGUCGAUGAAUGUCAUCAAGCAGAGCUCAACAUGGGAUCGGAUCAAUUUCAAUCUCAGAAUAAAAUUAUUUGUGCACUUUGCGAGAAAUCAGACGAGACUGAAAUCACAGGGCCUCUCUCCUCCAAAGGAAACAUCUCCGCACAUCAAAACUGUUUGUUGUUUGCAUCAGCGAUCUUCUGCAAUAAAUCGCCCACCUAUGACGACCUGUUUGGAUUUGAUGUAGAAGAUGUAAAGAAAGAGCUGAAGAGAGGAAAAAGACUACUUUGCCACCUCUGUAAAAAAAGCGGUGCUACAGCGGGAUGUGAUGUAAAACGUUGUAAGCGCUCGUACCAUUAUCCCUGCGCCAUAGAGGAUCAUGCCAGAGCCCUUGAAGACCAUUUUAUACUGUUCUGUGAAUUACAUGAUCCAGAAUCCCUCCCAAAAAGUUCGCCAGACAGUCGAAGGCCUAACAUGAAAAGGCCGGAAAGGAGAGAUUCUGAUUCGUCUACAGGGUCAUCAGAAGCGAAUUUGCCCAAAAAGAAGAAGAACGUGUCAUUUAUUUUGUUAGAUUCUGAUGAUGACACUGAAUAUUUGCAUCCUCCAGUAGAGUCAGAUAUAGAGGACUUUACACCUCCAAAUCAGAACAAACCGUCAACUCCGGAUCCUGAAAGUAAAAGACCCCGUGCAAAGCCCAGUCCAUCAACCACAGGUUCAUUAAACUUAACGUCUGCUCAGGAGGCUUGUGGAUCAGUAGACAAUCCAGGAGAAUUGCAUGGCAUGAGUAAACGUUAUCCAUAUAUGUACAGAGCAUGUACGUUUCGAUCGCUAAAAGCGGGAAAGCCCAGAAGGGGAAAAAAUAAAAGCAUUCUAGACUCAGAUGAUGAAAGCCCAACCAGCACUGACCGUGUAGUAGCUCCAGGGGUGUCAGAUCUGGAAGACUCUAUGCUUCAAAAACAGCCCAAUCAGUCCACUCUUGUGCCUAAAAAAACAAGGCCGUGUGAAAAACGUAAUCCAUCAACCACAGAAGCUGACGAUGACACCGACAUUGAUUCAGAAGAGUCUCAGAGUUUGUUACCAUCAAAAAUGCACUAUAUCACUAUUCCCUGUAGCGUUAUUUUGGACUCUGGACCCUUUUUAUAUCUUGCACCAUAG